UGACAUCACUACAAACGUCUGGUUAGAGAGCAAACCGCUUCAUCGGAGUGGACCGGGCAGGCAGCCGGGAGGAAGCUGGUGCUGGUGACCCGGGGUUUUCUACAGACCUCACUGUGCGUCCGUUCUCUUCUUUUCCCUUUGCGGGGUGUUUUUGUUUGGUUUGUUUCUUCAAAUUCUUGCCGUGUUGGAAGUAGCCUCAUCCGUCACUCCGACUGGGACUGUCACGAGUAGUGGAUUAAGAGGACGCUCGGCCUGGGGCACUCUACACUGUCAUCCCGUUCCCUCCCUCGGAGAUAAAAGAUUCCAGCUUCAUGGGCAAACGCCUGGACCAGCCACAAAUGUACCCCCAGUACACCUACUACUACCCUCAUUAUCUCCAAACCAAGCAGUCCUAUGCACCAGCUCCCCACCCCAUGGCUCCUCCCAGCCCCAGCACAAACAGCAGCAGCAACAACAGCAGCAGCAACAGCAGUGGGGAACAGUUGAGUAAAACAAACCUGUACAUUCGAGGCCUUCCACCAGGGACCACUGACCAGGACCUCAUCAAACUGUGCCAACCGUAUGGAAAAAUUGUAUCCACAAAGGCAAUUCUUGACAAAAACACAAAUCAAUGUAAAGGUUAUGGAUUUGUAGAUUUUGACAGUCCUGCAGCAGCCCAGAAAGCUGUAGCCUCCCUCAAAGCAAAUGGUGUGCAGGCUCAAAUGGCCAAGCAACAAGAGCAAGACCCAACAAAUCUCUACAUCUCAAACCUCCCCAUUUCUAUGGAUGAGCAGGAGCUUGAGAAUAUGCUGAAACCCUUUGGACAUGUCAUUUCCACAAGAAUCCUUAGAGAUGCUAAUGGGGUCAGCAGAGGAGUCGGUUUUGCCAGGAUGGAGUCUACUGAAAAAUGUGAAGUGGUAAUUCAACAUUUUAAUGGAAAAUACCUGAAAACACCACCAGGCAUCCCAGCUCCAAGUGAGCCUUUGCUGUGCAAAUUCGCUGAUGGAGGACAAAAGAAAAGACAGAAUCAAAGCAAAUACACCCAGAAUGGAAGGCCAUGGCCCAGAGAAGGAGAGGCUGGCAUGGCUCUGACCUAUGACCCUACAGCUGCCAUACAGAAUGGAUUUUAUUCUUCACCGUACAGUAUUGCAACCAACCGCAUGAUUCCACAGACAUCUAUCACGCCAUUCAUUGCCGCCUCCCCUGUCUCCACAUACCAGGUCCAGAGUACUUCAUGGACGCCUCAUCCGUCAUACGUUAUGCAACCAACAGGUGCUGUGAUUACGCCGACCAUGGACCACCCUAUGUCAAUGCAGCCAACAAGCAUGAUGGGUCCCCUGACACAGCAGAUGAAUCAGCUUUCCCUGGGCGCUACAGGAACGAUUCAAUCCCAAGACAGGAUUAUGAUACUCCACCAGCUGUUGUGUCAGUAUAUGACUGCUGCUGCUCCUAUGCAGGGGACCUACAUUCCCCAGUACACGCCUGUGCCUCCGACAGCUGUUUCUAUUGAAGGUGUUGUUGCUGAUACCUCUCCCCAGACAGUGGCACCUUCCUCCCAGGACACCAGUGGUCAGCAGCAACAAAUAACAGUGGAUGCACCCAAUGAGCACGCACCUGCAUAUUCCUACCAACAGUCUAAGUAA